CGGAGUGAGUGUUAGACAUGGAUAUGUGUCAUGUAUAGGACGUUACAGUUUUAUAUUUGAAGGGUUGGACCUCCAUACUUAUGGCCUUCGGUUUAUGUGUCGGAUACGCGUAUUUCAAGGAAAAUCAAGAGUCGGGACAAGGUCGGUUGUGGUUAGGAUAUACCUAGUGUAUUCUGAGGCAAGCAGCAUCUGUUAGAAACUUAGAAUUGUUCUUUGUCUCUCUUAUCUAUAAAAUAUAGUAAUUUUUUAUCUCUUUCUUAAAUGCUUUAAGAUCUCUAUCUCAAUGUCAAUUACAGCUUAGUGAGUACAUAAGGGACUGCAAUAGACAUGAGAAAGAAGCUAAUCAUGGAGGAUUCUGGCGCUGAGUUCCCUGGCUUCAAAAUUUGUGUUCACAAGGAUGAGCUGGUAUUUAGAAGGCCUCUUAGCAGGCUGCAAAGGCGAGCCCCUCGUCCUCUGCAGGUUAAGCCCAAUGCUUCUUCUCUUGAAAGCAAGGCUGUAGCAUCACAAGCAAUGGAUUGCAGUCUAAAUCCAUCAUCAUCAUCAGCAGCAGCAGCAGCAGCAGCAACAUCUGCAUCUUCAUUUAAUUCAUUCUAUCAAAGUAAAGACCCCAUUCCUCUACUAUCUCCUCUCGUUUUGCCUUGUUUGCUCGAAUCAUCUUACCUUCAUCAAGAAGGAAAUACGGCAAAAUGAAUUACUCUGAAAUGUACAAGCUCUUUGUUAAACGGCAUGUGAUCCCAUCUUAGUUUUCCUGCACGUUUCACAUAAGAUAUGUAUACUAUUUCCUGAUGUUCUUCUUCUUCUUCUGUUCCUUGCUCUCCACUUUGUUAAAAAAAAAAAAAGGCAAUUGACUACUGUUAUUGCUACUGUUC